AUUUGUCUUUGACCUAGCGCAGUACUCUUAUAUUGACAUUUUAAGGUAUCACAGAGACAAUUUUAGUGCUCUGUAGUAGUUUUAAAGGGGAUAAAAGCCUCUGGAGCCUCACCUGACCUCGGCUGGUUGUGCUUUACAGCGGAUUAAGGUGUUUUAUUGGUCUAUUUCUGUAUGUCCUUUUUGACAGGAAGCUAAUUUACAGCCGGGAGUGACAGCAGGCUGCAGUAACGUUAUGGCCUGAGGAUUUGACCUCGCAGGGACAACCACAGGGUCAACAUAUCUAUCUGCAGCCUGCCAUAACCGCCAAAGAGAUAAGGACAAAGAGCUGCAACGAGCUGUUAUACCGGAAGUGAACCCGUGAGGUCAUCAUGGGAAGCAAAGUCAGCUCCAAAAUGGCAGCCCCCGCCGCCCGAGUUAUCCAGGCUGUUCGGCCUCACGCUCCUCUGAUCAAGUUCCCCAACAGACAUGACAUGGCACGGCCCAAUGUCCUAGAGGCAUUGAAAACGUUAGCAGUUGAUUUACCACCGCACAACAAUCCAGCGCCGCCUCCGUUAUCAAGACCUCAUGUACCUUUGACCCCCAUCUCUGGCACGCCAGACACCUUGGCCUCUAUUCAGCUACUACCUGCAAGGUACCGCAGGAGACCGGUGGCAGUGGAGGAAAUGGAAUUCAUCCAGCGUGGUGGACCAGAGUGACACGAAGCGACUCAUUCACUGCAACCAAAGUCCUUACUUGUUGGAGAUCAGUGUGUGUCUUUAACUUUGUUCCUCAGCACAAGACAACCUAAUGCCACAUGAGACAUGAUGUAGAAUAAAGUAUUGGAUAAAUCCUGUUAAAAUGUACAUACUUUUAUUUUCUAGAUGUUAAAUCUUAAUUGUAUUUAAACGGAUAUCUUGGUUGUUAUAACGCACAGCAAAGCCAUAACCAAUAGCGUCCAGGUUUUUCAUACUCACUGUACUGUCACUACAGCUAUUCCUCCAGGUUUCUUGUUUUUGUUCAACAUUAUAUCCGCUUGGUUUUUCUUAAUUUUGUCAUUAUUUUAUUGAGCUUUACUUGCACUACCACCACACUUCAAUCCAAGCACAAGGCUCUGGUGCAUAGAAUAAAAUGAUUUCAUGCCUUUCACUGCAA